CCACACUCCAGUCCAGUAGGUGGCGGUAAUGCACCAAUUCGUUGUUUGCCAACCGCCAUUAAACAGAAGGAGAAGAAGAAGAAGAAGAAGAAGAAGAAGAAGAAGAAGAGGAAGAAGAAGAAGAAGAAGUCCAUGUUAGUGUUAGUGUUGCAGUGAGAGCAGAGUUUGGUGAACACAGCUUCUAAUAAGAGCAGAAAAGCGUCAGUAUUAGUUUAGUGUGAGCUGUGUGUAACAUGUGCAGCCUUCAGAGUGUGAAGCUUUUCGUCCAGCAGCGGCUAACUGCGGCUGUGGAGGAGAUAUUUGGACAUUUAGACAAAACAAUAACCGAGUAUGAAGAGGAGAUCCACCGCAGACACCGCAGGCUGCUGGACGAGCUUUUAAAAGCUGAAACAAAGCAGCGAAAAGCAGUUUUACCUUUAGAUGUACGAAAAGUGAACAUUGGUGAAGAAGAGCGGCAGCAGAAGAGCUCCAAUCUGGACCAGCUGGACCCAGAUCCUCCAAAUGUUAAAGAGGAACAGGAAGAACUUUGGACCAGUCAGGAGGGAGAGCAGCUUCAAGAACUGGAGGAGGCUGAUAUCACCAAGUUCACAUUAUCUCCUGUUCCUGUGAAGAUUGAAGAUGAUGAAGAGAAACCUCAGUCCUCACAGCUUCAUCAAACACUAACUGAGGAGAUAAAAACAGAAGCUGAUGGAGAGGACUGUGGAGGAUCAGAACCAGACAGGAACUCACAUCCAGAUACACAUUUACUACCUGAUACUGAUGACAAGACUUCAGACUCUUUAAAGACUGAGACUGAAGACAGUGAUGAAUGGAAGGAGACCAGUGAACCUCAGUCAGAUUUAAAGUCUCCUGUGAGUUUUAAUACUAGAAAGAAAUUAUUUAGCUGCUCAGAGUGUGGUAAGAAAUUUAGCCAAAAAGGACACAUGGUCAUACACCUGAGAAUGCACACAGGUGAGAAACCAUUCAGCUGCUCAGUUUGUGGUAAAAGACUAGUAUGUAAAGGAUCUCUAAGUAGACAUAUGCUAAUUCACACUGGAGAGAAACCAUUCAGCUGCUCACUUUGUGGUAAAUCUUUUACUCAGUCAGGUCUGGAGUACCACCUGAAAACUCACACAGGAGAGAAACCCUUUAGUUGCUCAAUUUGUGGCAAGAAAUUUCUAUGCAAAGGGUCUCUCAGAAAACACAAGAGAAUUCACACAGUAGAAAAAUCAUUUAGUUGUUCAGUUUGUGCUAAAAGAUUCAAUCGGAAGGUGACUUUGCAGCUACACAUGAGAAUCCACACAGGAGAGGAAACAUUUAGCUGCUCUGAAUGUGGUAAACAAUUCGCCUUCAAACGAUACCUGCAGAGACACUUAAGAAUCCACACAGGAGAGAAACCAUUUAGCUGCUCCUUUUGUUGUUUUAGGUUUAAUAAAAAGGCAAAUCUGCAGAGACACAUGAGAAUUCACUCAAGAGAAACUGUUUAACUGCUCAGUUUGUGCUAAAAAAGGUGCAUCUGUCACAAAUUGGAAAAACUGUUAUAUUUCAGUGUUUGUUACCAAAGAUUCAGUUGGUCUACA